UUCAGUUCCUUAUAAUGGUUAACGGAGGAUCCAACACAGCCUUUCCUCCAGCCAUUAGUUAUUUAAACGCACACACAUACACACUCAUGCACAACCACUCACUAGCUGACUUUACAGCGGAAGUCUUUGUCUUAGUUGUCUUCCCUCCCAUCAGAGGACAACGGCACCUUUGAGUUUGGCAGAAGCGUGAAGAUGUCUGUUAAAUCAGACCAUAGCAAGGAUGAGGAGGGGAAUCCUGUGCCGGAGGUUAUGGUUGUGGAGACGAACCGUUUCGGCUUCAUUAUAGGGAAUGGAGAAACUGACAGUGAUGCUCCAUGUCCUGAGUUAGUGAGACACAGAGAGUCCAAGUGGCUCAACCUCAUCACUCAAUGGGAGCAAGUGAUGGAGAAAAAGAGCAACAAGGUCAAAGGUCAGUGUCAGAAGGGCAUCCCAGCAUCCGUCAGGGCGAAGGGCUGGCCACUGCUCUGUGGAGCUAAGGAUAGAAAAGAAAAAAGUCAAGGACUCUAUAAACGUCUCGUCACAGCUCCAGAUCAUCAGGGAUGGACUGAUAUCAUCAAAAGAGACACAGACAGACAAUUUCCAUUCCAUGAGAUGUUCCAGUCCAAAGACGGUCAUGGUCAGAAGGACUUGCUGGAGGUCCUGAAAGCGUACACUCAGCAUCGUCCAGACGAGGGCUACUGUCAGGCGCAGGGUCCAGUGGCUGCUGUCCUUCUGAUGAACAUGCCUGCCGAGGAGGCGUUCUGGUGUCUGGUGCAGAUUAGUGAGCUCUACCUCCCUGGAUACUACAGCCCUCUGCUGGAAGGUGUUUUAUUCGAUGCUGCUGUCCUCUCAAGUGUGUUAAAAAAACAGUGUCCUGCCGCACACAAACACCUACAGAAUCAGGGGGUGGAGCCUCUCAUGUUUGCCACUGAUUGGCUGAUGUGUCUGUACAGCCGUCACCUGCCCUUCGACACUCUGCUCAGAGUCUGGGAUCUCUUUUUCUGCUGUGGUGUGCGUGUUUUGUUUCAGGUCGCUGUGGUGCUGGUGCGCCGCUGUCUGGGAGAAGGACGCCUGCGGAAAGAGUGUGACGGACAGAUGGAAACCCUGGAAAGACUGCGAGGUGUUAAACAGCGUGUUCAGCAUGAGCAGGCUGAUGCCUUUAUCCAUGAGGUAUGCUCGGUGUCCCUGUCCUUGGCGGACCUGCAAAAACAAACUGAGAAAGAGCUGGAGAAAUGGAAAAAAGAGAGACCAAAUUCGACCUUUGACCCGCGAGGACGCUGUCACGGAUACAGAAUGGCAUGGGAGAGAGCGCAGGACAAACAAAAGGAACAUGAAAAGAAGGAGCGACCGAAGGGGAGCCUGACUCUUCCUCUCAUGCGCUCACAUUCUUCUCUUUCUCCUUCAAUCCUGCGCAAGAAAUGGAGGAAGAGGAGCAGUAAGACUGACACAGAGGAGUGGGACGGAGGGGGGAGAAAAUUCUCGCAAAGUGUGAUGGAGGAGAGCGACGAGGAGGAGGUGAGGAGGAGGAGUGUGUGCGGUAUCGUUGGGGAGCAAAGGGCCAAAAGGGACAGGCUAGCAGACGAACUCUGCACACACAAAGAUCACAGCACACAUCCCAACAUCUCAGUGGUGGUGUCCUCCGCUAUUGACUGUGAUGUUUUUGAGACGGAGCAUACAGAAACAUCUUUAAACCAACGAAAAGAUAAUACAGAAACAACACGAGGUGAAGAGAAAGACAGGACCACUGGGUGUGAGGUCGAGGAAAGCAUACAGACACAUCAUCACAUACAGGACACAAAUCAAGAUGUACAGUGUACAGAAAUGCAAGGACAGAAUAUAGAAAAAGAGAAAAUUCAAGAUGAUCAGAACACAAACCAAACCGAACAGAAUACAGGCGAACAGACGUGUCAGGAUGAACAGACUGAGAGAAAUUUAGAGACAGGUGGGGAAAGUACAUCACAGGAAGAAGACACACAGACUGACUCCAGUAAACAGGGAGAGGAAAUACGAACAGAUUGCUGCAAACAAGAAGAAGAAACUGAAGGUGUGUUCCCAAACAUCAUAGUGACUGAAGAAAAUGAGGAAAAUAGCCCAGAGAAAGAGGUACAGAUACAUGUUGUCCAGUAUCGAACAUCUAGAGAUCAACAGGAACAUUUGGAAAGGCCAGAAGACAGUUUGUUCAUCCACACAGCUAUAGAGGAAGCUGAGGAGACUCGGUUUGUUUGUGAAAACCGUGCUGAUGCCGACAAGGAGGAAGGAAUUCAGCAAGAGUUUGAUGUACGCCCUGAGGAGACCAUAGAGAUAUCAGACCCGUUAAAGAUGUAUGAGGAGAAAGAUGACAAGAUAUUGGAGGAUGACAGACAAGAUCUAAGCUUAGAAGAGAGUGCUGGUAAAGAAACAUUGCACCCAUCUGAAGCAGCGCUAACAUCAACCUCUUUAAAAAUAGAACAAGAAAGUGAAACCGAGAAUCUGGAUAGAUCAGCAGAUCCUCUACAGCAAUCCCAAUGUGACCUAGAGCACAGUGACAUGGACGCUACUGUUACUUCCGAAGAGAUGGAGCAUUGUCCAACAGAUUCCACAGUGGAGGAUGCAGUAGGAUCUGGCAACCCGGAGCAAAGCGAAGUGGAUUCUGCUGAUGGCACCAUCAUCCUUGAACCUCAGGAGGAGGAUGUAUCAGUAGCAUCUACACACUCUGUUGGCACAUGUAGUAAUAAAGAAAUCAUUGAGAUCAAUCCCAAAAAUAGUGAAGUAAAUGAAUCACUUGAAGCUGAAAAUACAGCAUGUUGUGAAGCCAAUACUGAUGAAUCAUGCAAUCGCACAACCAAUGUAGAGGAUGAUAUUUGUAGAUCGGUUUAUGGAGACAGCACCCAAAUACAUGCUGCUCCUGGAUCAGGAAAUCCUGAAUGCAACAGAAUAGACAUCACUGCUCAAUCUGGCAACCCAGAGAACAACAGUGUGCCUGUUACAACUGAAUUUGGCAACACGGAGAGCCACAAUGUGCCUGAUACAAAUGAAUCUGGCAACCCAGAGAGCAGUAAUGUGCCUGAAUCAAGUGAAUCUGGCAACCCAGAGAGCAGUAAUGUGCCUGAAUCAAAUGAAUCUGGCAACCCAGAGAGCAACAAUGUGUCCGUUUCAAAUGAAUCUGGCAACCCAGAGAGCAACAAUGUGUCCGUUUCAAAUGAAUCUGGCAACCCAGAGAGCAACAAUGUGCCUGAUACAAGUGAAUCUGGCAACCCAGAGAGCAACAAUGUGCCUGAUACAAGUGAAUCUGGCAACCCAGAGAGCAACAAUGUGCCUGAUACAAGUGAAUCUGGCAACCCAGAGAGCCACAAUGUGUCCGUUUUAAGUGAAUCUUGCAACCCAGAGAACAACAAUGUACCCAUUUCAAGUGAAUCUGGCAACCCAGAGGAUUCUGCUGUUGGCAACCUUGAAAACAAUGAUGUGCAUGUUACAACUGGAUCUGGCAACCCUGCAUGCAAAAUGACAGAUGUUACUACUGAAACUGAAAAGCCAGAAAGCGAUGGCAUGGAAAUUGCUGUUGGAUCUGACAAUUCAGAGAGCAAUAUAGUUGGUUCUCCUGUUCAAAACCCAGAAUAUAAUGAUGUGCAAGUUACAGCUGGAUCUGGCAACACACACAGCAAUAUUGUGGAUUCUGCUGUUGAAUCCGGCGACCCGGAUCACAAAGAAGUGCAUUUCACAACUGAAUCAGACAACUCAGAGACCAGCAGAGAGAAUGUAUCCACUGGAUCUACCAACCCAAAACACAAUGAAGUUCCUUCUACAAGUGAAUCUGGCAACAAUAUAUUAGAUUCUGCUGUUGGAUCUGGCAACCCAGAUUACAAAGGUGAUCAUUUCACAACCGGAUCUGACAACUCAGAGACCAGCAGAGAGUCCCUCUCUUCAAUUCCAUCUUCAAAAUCCCCAAACGUCCCACCAGCUCACCUCUGCGUGCGCAGGACUUCCAGCUCGAGGGUUUCCUAUCCCACAAUCCUCUCUGAGGACACCUUCAAAGAGCCCCAGCAGCAAGAACUCACAAAAUCAGAACAGACAACAGACACACCAACACAAGACCCACACGCUCAGCCCAACUCACUGACAAAGGCAGGCACCCCAAAACGUCUGGGUCUGUUUCGCCGUCUCCGAGGGGAGACCAGUAAAGCCCCCGUCCCCAAAAUCCUCAUCCAGGACUUCAGCGAUAAAGAGGAGGGGCUGACGGCGAAAGAGAGGAGGAGGAGAAAGAGAGAGAAAGAGCGAAAAGAAAGAGAAGAGAAAGACAGAAAGAAACAAGAGAAGGAAAUGGAAAAGGACAAAGAAAAAGAAAGGAAGAAGCCUCAGACAAGAGGAAAGAGCUUCCAGGUGCUCAGCAGGAAGGGAGCAGAUAAUGCUGUGUCCCCCGGGAACAGUAACUCUCAGACAUCUCACGCCAGGAGAAACUCGGCCCCUUUUUCUGACGGUUAUUUUUAAAUAAUCAGAGACUCGAUCACACGUUUGUAUUUCCCAGUGGGAGUGAGAUGUUUUAAUGUGACUUGUGCAAUGAUCUAACGUGGCCUGUUAUAUUCACCGCUUCAUCUCUUAGUUUAAAACCAUAAUUAUUUUCACAGAAAAAUAAAAUCAGGAGGAGACAUCUGU